UUGAUAAGCGAAUGGUACAUAAGAAGAGAAUGUGCAUCGACGCGUCUACAUCAUUGCUACUUUAAUGGCGCCACUUUUUUUUUUCUCUAUGCGUCACUCAGCUCGGAUUCAGUUUGGACUCGCGUUGUCUGACGUUCCGUAUGUGAAUUAUCGCGGGCCGUUUACACUCGAGUGACAUUAUUUAACAAUAAAUAAACGAAAUCAUUUACGAGAAAAGUGGAAAUAUGGGCCGCUAUAGGAGUCGCAGUCGUGAAAGGGACAGACGACGCAGAUCACGCACUCGUUCGCGGAGUAGAUCUCCACGUGACAGGAGGAGCUGGGGUGGCAGUGGUGGACGAGAUAGACCCUCCAGUAGUCGCAACAGUCGUGGACAGCCAGGUGCGAAUCUAAGGAAACCACGAUGGGAUCUCAACCGUCUAGAGCCCUUCAAGAAGGAUUUCUAUGUUCCUCACAAUGCGGUGCAAAAUCGGGAUCCCCGGAUCGUCGAACAAUACAGGGCCGAGAAAGAAAUUACUCUUAGAGGCAAAAACAUUCCGAAUCCUGUUUUUGACUUCGACGAGGCAGGUUUCCCAGAUUACGUUCUAAGAGAGAUCAAAAGACAAGGUUUUAGUGAACCUACAUCGAUCCAAGCACAAGGAUGGCCGAUCGCAUUAAGUGGACGGGACAUGGUAGGCAUUGCAUCUACAGGAUCUGGGAAAACAUUAUCUUAUAUACUGCCUGCAAUAGUUCACAUCAACAGCCAGCCGAAAUUAAGUCGCAAAGAUGGACCUAUUGCUUUAGUAUUGGCGCCUACACGAGAGCUUGCCCAACAGAUUCAGCAGGUCGCUGAUGAUUUUGGACAUUCAUCAGGCAUUAGGAACACUUGCCUAUACGGUGGAGCGCCGAAAGGUGCUCAAGCCAGAGAUCUGGACGGAGGUGUAGAAAUAGUCAUAGCUACACCUGGUAGAUUGCUGGAUUUUCUUGAGUCCGGCAAGACAAAUCUGAAAAGAUGUACAUAUUUGGUAUUAGACGAAGCUGACAGAAUGUUGGAUAUGGGAUUUGAGCCACAGAUCAGAAAAAUCAUAGAACAAAUUAGACCAGACAGGCAGACAUUAAUGUGGUCAGCUACGUGGCCUAAAGAAGUAAAAAAUUUAGCCGAAGAUUUUCUUAAAGAUUAUGCUCAAAUCAAUGUUGGUUCAUUACAACUUUCAGCAAAUCAUAAUAUAUUGCAAAUAAUUGAUGUAUGUCAGGAUUAUGAAAAAGAGAAUAAAUUAAGUACUCUAUUGAAGGAGAUAAUGGCAGAAAGUGAGAAUAAAACUAUAGUGUUUAUCGAAACAAAGCGUAGAGUGGACGAAAUUACGAGAAAAAUGAAACGCGAUGGAUGGCCAGCGGUUUGUAUUCACGGUGACAAGACGCAGCAAGAACGAGAUUGGGUUUUACAAGAUUUCAGAUCAGGCAAAGCACCAAUCCUUGUUGCUACAGACGUUGCUGCUCGUGGUCUUGACGUUGAAGACGUCAAGUUUGUCAUCAAUUUUGACUACCCCUCCUGUUCCGAGGAUUACGUUCAUCGUAUCGGUCGUACCGGCCGCCGACAGAAGACCGGCACGGCGUACACUUUCUUCACGCCUAACAAUGCCAACAAGGCUAAUGAUCUGAUACAAGUGUUGAAGGAAGCGAAUCAAGUGAUAAAUCCGAAGCUACUGGAGCUCGCCGAUAGUAAAGCUGGUGGCUAUGGCAGAAACAGAGGUGGAAGAAAUCGAUGGCGAUCACGAGGCGGUGGAGGUGGAUGCGGUAGCGGUCGUAAUGGAAAAGAACGCAGCUAUUCGCGGAGCAGAAGUCGAAGUUACAGUAGAGAACGCAACGGCCGCAGCAGUCGACGAAGCUACAGUCGUAGUUACUCGCGGAGUCGUAGUCCCAUCAGCAAUCGUAACGAAGUUAUCGGCAAAAGUUAUUGGAGUAGCGAGAGAUGAUCUUCCAGUGGCGGUUAAAAAAUGUGUGUGUUGCAAUGCAGGUAAUUUUUUAUUUUUUUUUAUUUUCGAAAGAAGUGGUUGUAAUAAACGAGACUGUUUCAUCGAUACAUUCGCUAUUCGCGAGAAACGACACUUCAGUGUCGAAUUUGGUGGAUGCACUACUAUUGUAGAUCAUCAAACUUCUUACAUAUAGCAGCUUUCAAUCUGCACCUCGUGUAUUCCGCCGAAUUUGGCAGCCUGAUGAUAUAAUUAAUGUGAUGAUAUAAUCAGUGCGAUGAUAUAAUCAAUAGUUUACUAACUAUAUAUACACGAAUUUUUAAUGUCGUCUUCAGUAAUGCUGAUCAUCGCUAUCUUAUAUAAGAAAAACUUUUAACGUGAGUACACAAUACUGAAGUGUACUCGAACAGAGAUUUUAUUAUGUAUUUAGCUAGUGAUAGAAUGGUGGAAUGUGUUAUUAUAUAUCUUUUACUUCCUUUUGCAUCCCCAUGCCGCAUCUAAUUUCUUCCUUUUUAAAUAUUAUCAAUAUACACCAAUUUAUAGAUUAGGCAAAUCCAUUAUAGCAAUCGACUGUUUAUACAUUUUUAUAAUGCUUACUCUCACGUUAAUUCUUAUAUAUUCAUCCGGUAGUAAGAAAGAAUUAGAUUGACGUGAGCGAAUGAUGUAUAAAUUAUUAUGUGAAUUAAACUUCCAGUGUAUAACAAUGUUUAAUUAGUACGUAUAUUUGUAGAUUAUAAUAAAUUAUACUAUAUGUCUAGUACGCGCUUAUUUGUAAUUUAUCCGUCUGUAUUUUAGGCAAUUAUAACAAAUGAUAAUAACACUUGAUGUACAGUAUUUCAACAACGUGAUAAAUAAAUUCGUAAAUGUCUACAUUAUUUCCUAUUCUAAUAUCUUACGUGCAUUCUGUAGAAUUUAUUCGACUCUCUUAAAUGAUUAUGUUGCAUCAAUAAUUACUUACCUGUAAUGAGCUUGACGAUGAUAUCUGUGAAUUAUAUCACAUAUUUGGAAAAAGAAUAAUUUGUUGAUACAAAAGAAAAAUUUAUGAUCGUCGCAUGCUUCGAUUAUCAUCGCUAAAAUCUUUAGGAGAAUGACAACCAAAGUGACUCACGUUUAGGGUCGGUUUUUCGCCUGUGUUCUGUUUAAUUUAAUUUUUUGUCUUAAUUACAGGUGGUAGUACUUAAAGAUCUUAUGGUAAUUUUAGAAUACCGAAUUCCAUUUAUCCUCUCAACCCGGUGUUCUCCAUGCGUCAAUCUCGUUCGUUUCGCUUUGCGGAUGGCCGAUUUUUUACAGCCACGUGGUAUUUGACGACAGGAAUAAUUAAUACUCGACCAAUAUAUAAGGUGUAUUUAACGGUGUAAUUGACGAUCUAAUAAGUUCACGUGGGAAGAUUCCUUCUCUUCUUUUUUUUUAUCGGACUAUGUGCCACGAUACAAAUUUAUUAUGUUACACAUCUUGGAAUAUCGUGCGCUUAAAUGCAUUCA